AUGAGCUCAGAACCGGGCUUGGGCCACACCAGCGCUCACAAUGACCCUGAUGACGCAAUAGACACUGGCGGUGAAGAGCUGCAAGACGUACAAGAGCUGGGCGCCGAGGAGCUGCAAGACGUACCAGAGCUGCAAGGCGAACAAGAGCUGGGCGCAGAGGAGCUGCGAGACGUACCAGAGCUGCAAGGCGAACAAGAGCUGGGCGCAGAGGAGCUGCGAGACGUACCAGAGCUGCAAGGCGAACAAGAGCUGGGCGCAGAGGAGCUACAAGACGUACUAGAGCUGCAGGACCAAGGGGGAGAGCUGCAGGACGGACACGAGCUGGAGUCUGUCCAUGGCAGCGACAAUGGAUGGACCUUUGCCAAGACAAGACGCCGCCAGACACCGCCAGAUGUGCUCAACGCAACGUCUGAGCUGUCCUCGCGGCCUCAGGCAGCCAGGCCAGCGAGCUUGGAAUCGACAUCCACCCCAGAUGAUACCCCGUCGAUCCAGGGCUCGCUCGUCUCUUCGCCCAGAAGCAGCGUGGCCUACUCGUACAACUCCCCCCGCCCAAACAGGCCCGUUCUCCAGCCCUUCGAGCGCCGCUUCUCCUCUCGACUGUCUCCAUCACCACUUGCAACCCCGCGUGGCGCGUCGCCGGCCUUCCUCUCUGCGCACUCCAGACAGUCCUCUUUAUCGAGCAACCUGCUGUUUCGGCAGCUGCCCGACGAACCAGACACCCCCCAAGCACCGUGGGAGGUGGUCCGCUGGACGAAGCUCAAGAAGAUCACCGCUCAGCUCUUCUCAGAGGUAGGGAAGCGCAACUUUGGCCGGCCGACAUGCCUCCAUGUCGCUGCCUCGCUGGUCAUGGGUACCUCGAAAGGCUUCAUCCUCGUCUUCGACUACCAGCAGGUCUUGAAGUCCAUCAUUGGGCCCGGCACCAAGGCCAUCGAGUGUGGCGCCAUCACCGCCCUCGCCAUCUCUGCUGACCACUCCACCAUUGCUGGCGGCCAUGCAACAGGCCACAUCUUCACCUGGGAGCUUUCAAAGCCAGCGAAGCCCUUCCUCCACAUCCCCCCACUCGACCGAGCCAGCCUAGACGACAACAAGUCCGACGGUCACGUUUCAGGCGUAGCCAUUCUCCACCUCGGCUUCCUCGGUACGCGGCACACGGCGCUGGUUUCUGCCGACGACGGCGGUAUGGCCUUCUCGCAUCUAGCUACCCGUGGGCUUGGGUCCAUCGCGCGGAAUGUCAAGAUUACUCGAAUCCUAGGCAGAUACCCUCUCUCGGCCAAAUCUCAGGAGAAGCCCAGGAAACCCAGCUCCGUCCUCGCCUUUGCGCCUUUGCCACUGGGCAAUGUCGAGCAGCCAACUGACGUCAUGGGCCUGACUGCGCUGCUCACACCAUACCUGCUGGUCAUUGUAUCCACAACGCCUGUUGCGCAGACACAGCACAAGGCACCGCGGCCGAAAGAGGUCGCCCUCCACAGUGCAAUGAGCGGCUGCCUGGCCUGGUUUCCUGCUGUCAAGCUGAAGCACUUGACCGGCGAGCCUGCCAAGGCGGUUUCCAAAACGAAAUUGGUAUACUGCUGGUCGAACAUCCUGACUGUAUUAGACGUCGACAGCUUCGUUGCGCCCCCAACCGAGAAGGAGAAGCCUCCGGAGCUGCGCUUCAAGCCGCGGAGUCGAUGGCGAGCCGAAGAAGCCAUCGUCGCUGUGCAGUGGCUGAGCAGGUCAGUGCUCGGCGUACUGACCAUCAGCCAGCGUCUCCUCAUUCUCGAAGACAACACCCUGCGCACCACAGACUCUUUCGACUUGUUGCAAAAGCACGUGUACCACUCGGACCUGUUCUCAAAGCAGCUGCGGCCUGUGGUUGAGCAGCAUGACGAGCAAGACGCAUCACUACACGGCGUUGUCGCUGAUGCUUUUUAUAUGAGCUUCAGAGCGUACAAGGGUCGGCUGUUCCUUUUGGGGUUUAACGAUGUCUCCAUCGGCACACUAUCAAACUGGGCUGAUCGGUUGGUGGCUCUCAUGGAGGAGGGCGACUUUAUCGCUGCUAUUGGACUUGCCACGUCCUACUACGUCGGUGACGCUGACAAGCUCACAGUGGGGCUCCCGGAGGAUGACAAGGCGCGACACGCACUAGUGCGCGAGAAGCUUCUCGAGAUGAUCUCCGCCUCGCUCAAAUUCGCCUUCGCGCAGAACGACAAGAGUGAUGAUGCGAGAGAAGCGCGACUCAAAGAGCUCGCCGAGGUCUGCUUCUCCGCUCUGUUCAGCAUGAAGGAGCUGGACUUCCUGUUUGAAGAUGUUUACGAGGCUUUUGAAGAUGCCUCUGCUGGGAAGCCUUUUUUUGAAACGCUGGAGCCCUACAUCCUGGACGGCGAGAUCGAAGAAGUGCCCCCGGAUGUUCUCAAAGACCUCAUUACGUUCUACGCUUCAGUGAACCGCGGGUCUCAGGUCGAGGAGAUGAUCUGUCGCCUCAGCACUGAUACACUUGACAUCAAUGAGGUGACGACUAUCUGCCAGCAAUAUAUGCUGUACGAUGCACUGAUCCACGUCUGGACCCAGACUAUCGGUGACUUCAUCACGCCGCUCACGAAUAUUCUGGAUCUGAUUAAGCUGAUCGAUUUCGAGCUUGAUGAUUCUGACAACGUCCUCGUGACCUCGGCCAGGAAGAUAUUCCCCUACCUUGCAUAUACCUUCACCGGACGCUUUUAUCCCGGUGGCGCAUCCAUGGACGACGAGCAAGCCUACAGUGCGAAGAAAGACAUGUACCGAUUCCUGUUCUCGGGCAAGAAUCUGCAGUGGCCGCCUGGUUCAGGGCCCGUCUGCUUGACACGGAGCAGCAACAGCCCUGAACCGUCUUUUCCAUAUCUGCACCUCAUCCUUGAAUUUGACGCCUCGAGCUUCAUGAGCAUGCUCAAUGAGGCUUUCGAGGACAGCUUCCUGAAUGGCGAGGCAGAAACGUCUAAUGGCAUGCAGACGAGUGGGAAGACGCUCACGCCGACACGCCAGUACAUUGUAAACAUACUGCUUGGCAUCAUGACGCCGGAGGAUUUUAGCGCCGAAGACAUCAUCUACUUCUACAUGUUCGUCGCACGGAAUCUGCCGAAAUACCCACAGUACAUUAUGCUGCCGGGCAGUUCGCUCCACCAGAUCCUCGUCGGCCUAUGCAGCUAUCCUACCGAUGUUGUCAAAGACGACUGCCAAUUGUCUGUCGAGUACCUGCUUACGAUCCACCAUCCACCAAACCUUCAAAGCAUGGUACCGAUGUUCGAGACGGCUGGGUUCCAUCGCGUACUGAAGUCUAUUUACCGUAGCGCGCAGCAGUAUGCAAAGCUCGUCGAGACCUACCUCGUUGACAGUGAGGACGAAGAGGCCGUCUUCGGCUGCAUCAGCGACGUGCUUAGGCCCAGUAAAGGCCUGGCUAAGAAGCAGGUUAGCGAGGUCAAGCAGGUCAUCCUGGGUCGUGCCGAAGAUCUUGUAGCUGUAGACGCCGAGCAAACUGCGGUCACACUGAAGCUGUAUGCGCCCGAUCUGCUGGAGCCCGUUCUCGACGCCAUCGAAGACAACCAGGACGCACAAUAUCACUACUUGCGCGCACUGAUCGAACCUGAGCAAACACAGGCCGGCGAAACUGCUGCCAUCGAUCAGAGUCUGCCAUCUGGCUUCGUCGAGCGCUACGUCCAGCUCAUGUGUACGUACAACAGCGGCCAUGUUGCUGACUUUGUCGGUCUCUUGAAGUCGGGCGAUCUAAAGCUCGAUCCCGUCCUUCCUGCACUGGAGAAGUCUGGCGUCAUCGACGCUGCCGUGGUCCUCUUGGCGCGCGAUGGUCUUGCGGAGAAUGCCAUGGACCGCCUUGUGAAGCACCUCGGUACGCUCGAGACCGCACUCACUGGCCUCAUCGCUGCCGCGGCAGACAGUCCUGAUGUUACAAAUGCCGAAGAGGCUGUGUGCGGCCUGCUCGAAGACAUACAGAAGUAUGUCAAGGUGGGCAUCUGGCUGUGUCAAGGGCAGACGAGAUCCACCACACACACCGUCGACAAACGCAAGUCGGCGUAUGGGGAAGUCAGAGAGGAGGAUCUGGCGGUUGACGAGGUCCUCUGGCUCGACCUCAUCUCUACUGUCGUCAAGCUCAUCAAGGAGACGUCAACCGCCAUAGCCGACACAGACAUCCCUGCGACCUCAAGCGCCGAGACCCUGGACACUGCGAACAUCACAAAACAUCUCCGUGACUCUGUUCAGCAGACCUUCUCAGCUCUGCUCGCUUCCACGACCGUCCCCCCGGCGAAGCCCGCUACCCAUGUCUCGGCGACUUCCUCUGGCCGCCCACCUCUGCGGCACACUGUCAGCCAAGCUCAGACCAACCCGUCUUUCCUCCGCAUCCUCCGCGCCUUCCUCCACCGCGCAAGCACGACUUAUUCUCCCUCCCUAACUCAUCUGCGUUCCGUCCUGGCUGAGAUCUUUGCCGCAUACACCUUCGAAGAGCGCAUCCUCGGCCUAGCCAACAGCUUCCUAGACAGGGAAGGCUUCGCAAACGUCGAGGAGAUUGCUGCGAGGCGAAAUCGUGGGUGGCGGCCCCGAGGCCAGGUCUGCGAAGGCUGCAGAGGACGCGCGUGGGGUCCUGGCACUGGAGCGGGGAUCUGGGACGCCUGGGAGCGAUCCGAAGAAGCCAAGGUCAAGAAGCGCGCUGAAGAAGAGGAUGCGAAGUGGCAUGCUGAGAGGAGGGGGAGCCAGAAGGGAAAGCAGAAGAGCGCAAGUCAGAGCGAGGAGGAGGAGGGCGAACAGGUGAGUGAUGGGAAAGGCAAGGGUCCAUUAAUUAUCUUUGCUUGCCGGCACUUAUGGCACAAGACGUGUGUCGAGGCUAAGAGCGGCGCGGACGGACGGCUCAAAUGUCCGCUUUGCGCAGAGUAG